AUGGUUGUGAAGCUACCAGAAAUGAGUUUGCCAAACUUUGACGGCGCAUCGGAGUCGUGGGCUUCGUUUUUCGAUAUAUUUUCAUCGGUAAUCGAUCAAAACGAAGAUCUCACACCAGGCCAGAAGCUCCAAUAUUUGCGAUCUACACUGCGAGGAAGAGCCAGCUGCAUCGAAGCUCUCCCGACAAAGUGCAAAUUCGACAAGUGCGCUUCUAAAAAUUCAUUGUUGUUCACCACCAUUCUAUCGAAGAUCACUCCUAAUACAGUCUGGCAGUGGGAACUUACUCUGAAGGACAAGAAAAUGCCCAUCUACACGGAGCUCCUGGACUUUCUGGAGAAGCAAACUGCAGCGUAG